AUGUCGAGCAUACCAGACAAUAUCAAAGAGGCCCCUGGCUAUACGGUCGACUUAGACAGUCCCGAUAUCCAAAAGGCUGAGUUCAGUGACGAAGACCAACAUGAGGUUUUCAAAAGAGGGGAGAGUCAAGUCAACUUUCGCACCGUGAGCUGGAUCCGGGCAAGUAUGAUUUUUCUGAAAUUCAUCUUCGCAACUGGUGUUUUAUCCAUACCAUCUUUGAUGUAUGAACUGGGUGCCUUCCCCGGUGCCAUAAACGUUAUUGGCUGGACCCUUCUUAAUACGUACCUGGCCAUUGUACAAGGUAAUUUCCGUAAUGCUUACCCAGAAUGUCACUCAAUUGCCGAUAUGGCACAGAUUGUUGGUGGUCCGAUCUUAAAGGAGGUUGUUGGCGUGCUAUUCAUAGUCAGCUAUGUGAUGUGUGCUGCUUCUGGCAUUAUCACUGUCUCUACAGCUUUCAAUGCACUAUCGCUGCAUUCAAUUUGUACUGUUUGGUUUUCAUUCAUUGCUACUGUCAUCAUUACUGUUGCUGCUAGUAUACGGAAAUUCUCUCAUAUCGGCUGGCUUACGUGGGUCGGAUUCGCCAGCGUAUAUAUCGCCGUGUUUAUCGUCGUAAUCGGUGUAACAACAAGGGACCGUCCUGCUGCUGCACCUCAGACAGGAGAUUUCGACCUUGGAUACGUAGUAAUCGGAAACCCAAAUUUUACAGUCGGUAUCACGGCUGCUGCUACAAUCUUUGUAUCCAGUGCCGGAACAUCGGCAUUUUUGCCUGUCAUUUCAGAGAUGCGAAGACCUAAAGACUAUCCGAAAGCAGUUUAUCUCUGCAUGACAUUGGUGACAGCAUCAUACUUGACAUUCAGUCUAGUCAUCUACGCCUGGUGCGGCAAAUGGAUUGCAUCGCCGUCACUCGGCAGUGCAGGUACAAUGAUAAAGCGCAUUGGCUAUGGAAUUGGAUUACCAGGCCUUAUCGUUAGCGGAUGUCUUUAUGUGCAUGUCGCAGCCAAGUAUAUAUUCGUGCGGAUACUAAGAAACUCGCCCCAUUUCCAGGCAAAUACGUUAGUUCAUUGGGGUACUUGGCUCAGCUGCACUAUCGGAUCGGCUGCUAUUGCGUUUGUUCUGGCAAGCGCAAUUCCCAUUUUCAACUACAUCAUCGCUCUGUUAGGCAGUCUUUGCUUCGGGCCCCUGGCCAUCAUCCUUCCUGCUUGGCUUUGGCUGUACAGUCAUGCAGAUUACUGGAGAGGAAAUUUACUCCGCCAGACUUUCUAUGGAUUUCAUGUUUUCCUGGUUCUGCUGGGCAUUUUCUUGACAGUUGGUGGCACGUAUGGAGUGAUUGUAGAGAUCAAUGAGGCCUACGAAAAUGGCCUCAUUGCGUCAGCCUUCUCAUGUGCAGAUAACAGCGGGUCGUCAUGA